AUGACAGAGGUCCUAGAAGUCCACCGAGGCGCAAGCAAAGAUGAAAUCAAGACAGCCUACAAGAAGGCUGCACUUGCCAAUCACCCUGAUAAAGUCCCGGAGGAGGAGCGCCCUGCUGCUGAAGCCAAGUUCAUAAAUGUGCAGAAGGCCUACGAAAUUCUCUUUGAUGAACAGAAGCGCCACAUCUAUGAUACACAUGGCAUGUCCGCAUUUAAUGGCGCCGGCGAACCUGGAAUGGGCGGAAUGGGCGGUGGGCCUGAUAUAGAUGAUCUCCUGGCCCAAAUGUUCGGCGGGAUGGGCGGGAUGGGCGGAAUGCCUGGUAUGGGCGGAAUGCCAGGCAUGGGUGGUAUGCCUGGGGGUGGACGGCCCCGGAGAAGUCGAAAUGAGGAACAGGACUGGGAAGUCAGCCUGGAGGAUCUUUACAAGGGCAAAACCGUGAAGUUUGCCAGCACCAAGAACGUUAUUUGCAGUCUUUGCAAGGGCAAGGGUGGCAAGGAGAAGGCGAAGGCCAAGAAGUGCUCGACCUGUGAUGGUCAUGGAGUCGAGGAGGUAAUUACCCAGAUGGGACAGUUUCUCACCAAGCAGACUCGCUCCUGCUCCGUGUGCAAUGGACAGGGCCAGUUUUUCAGCCCCAAGGACAAGUGUAAGAAGUGCAAGGGACAGCGGACCAACGAGGAAAAGAAGAUGCUGGAAAUUUAUAUUGCUCCUGGCUCACGACACAGCGAGGGAGAGAAGAUCAUUCUCGAAGGCGAGGCAGACCAGGUGCCAGAUCAGGAGCCAGGCGAUAUCGUUUUCAAGCUGGUUCAGGAGGAGCACCCGGUUUUUGACCGCGCAGGCUCUGACUUGCGGGCUGCUAUCGAGAUCACCCUAGCUGAGGCCCUAACUGGUUUCUCACGAGUUGUUCUUAAGCAUUUGGAUGGGCGUGGAAUUGAGAUCAAGCACCCCGCUGGCAAGGUCCUUUCCCCGGGCCAAAUCCUCAAGGUCCCCGGUGAGGGUAUGCCGAUCAAGCGCAGCGACGCACGAGGUGAUUUGUACCUUGCUGUGGAUAUAAAGUUUCCGGAAGAGAACUGGAAGCCCACACCCGAAAUCCUGCAGAAUCUUCAAGAGAUCCUGCCUAAUCCCCAGGCACCGAUUACUGCAACCACCGUGGAUGAGGUCGAGUACGACCCCAAUGGUAAUAUGGAAGAAUUUGGUGCUCGGGAUGCGCAAGGUGGUUCCGCGUGGGUGGAUGAUGAUGAAGACGAGGAUGAGCCAGCGCAGUGCGCAGCUCAGUAA